CAGUAUUCAAAUAUCGACAUGGAAAUGUUAUUCGAGAAAUAUAGAGAAAUGGACUCUGAAGCCAACAAGGAAGUUUUUACCAAUAUCGACAUGGAUGAGCAAUUUGGCGCCAAAGCAGAAGAAAACAAAAGGAUAAAGGCUCAAACCCAAUUCAAUCAAGCGCCCGGGCUUUUGGCAAUAGAAGGACAACCGGGUCAACCAGGAGUUCCAGGCCAGCAAGUGGCAGGACAACCGCUGACGGCACAACAGCACCACCAGCAACAGCAACAGCAACAGCAACAGCAACAACAGCAACAACAACACCAACACGCGCAACCGGCGCAACUGCAAUUACAGCACAGGGGUCUUGCCUACCCUCAGCCGCGUGGACCUUAUCCCCACGCACAGCGACCCUACGCACCUCAGCCUCAGUACCCGCAGCAUGCGCAGUACGCUCGACCCCCGCAGGCCAUGUGGAAUCCACAACCCCCUGCUCCUGGACAAGAAGGACAAUCUGCGGAAUAUAUUCAGCAUCAGUUUUAUCCUCAAGGUAAGCCAACCUUCGAUGCAAAUGGUCUAUUGACCCGAGAUAAUGUCGAUAAAUUCGGUUUCUAUCCGUGA